CCAUUGGUUAUUUUUGCCAUUUCCUGGAAGGACAGAUUAUUUCUAAUUUUUCACCAUUACUAAUAUGAAUUCAUUCGUGCAUUGAUUAAUUCAUAUUUUCCUGUAUUUUGAAUUGCCUUCAUCUCUCACCAGUCUUUUUGCUCAGAAAUUGCCACCCUACACCUUACACCGCUUAUUAGCUUAAACACACAUUCAUUUUUUCCAGGGUUUGUCUACAGUGUCUGGGUUCUGAGACUUUCGAAGCUGUUCAUGAAAUUAGCCCUCCCUUAAGGCUCUGAGAUUAUUUCGGUUACUAUCCCUACUCGCACUAUCUCAGCAGUGAUGUUCCCCGUUAGGGUCCUGGAUGGCUUCUCCAUUACCUUAAGUCUAUCUGCCGUGUUCAAGUAUCUCUUUGAAACUCAAAAGGAAAAAUGUCGCGAUUUAAAUCCCUUUCCUCCCUGGAGGCUCCACAGCGGAGGCGUGUGUCCACCCAUUCUCAUCCACUUUGAAGUUAAGCAUGUAGACAAAAAAUAAUAAAUACACUAAACAGUUAUUUUACAUACUUCUUCCAUAAUAUCGGUAUCUACUUGCCUGACAUCAAUGGAAUCAAAAGGGACCGCUUCAAAGUUUCAUUCCAGCAAAGGGCGGCGUUUCUCUUCAGCAGACACCCUGCCCCACAUGUGAUUUCCUCCCCAUGGCCUCCCUUGAGUCCGCUCCGGCUCAGCUAACCUCCACUUGACUCCUAGUGAUCAUAUUUUAUGGCCAGAAAUAAACCUGGGUCGGAAAUAACCAGGAUGAAAGAGGGUUUGGGGCCCCUGCAGGUUUUCACAGGACUUGGUUGACGGUCGUGAAUUCUCUGCGUCACCAAGUAGGGAAAAGUUGGCGCUAGAGAAGCCGACCCAGGGCCUCCGGCGGAACGCGUCGCGGCCGUCCGUGUGGGGCACUCCUGGUACGAGUUCCCGGCACACACCAGGCGCCGGGGACCGGGCGGAAAGGACCGACACGGGCAAACGCCCAAGAGAGGAACUUAGGCCGGGACGGGCCAAAGCGGAGCCGCGGGGUUAACGCGUCGUGCCAGCUGCCAGCGAGCACUCCGGAACUCGUUUUGAGGAGGCGUCUUCACUGUACAGUCCAGCUCCGCCUGGGACUCAGUUCCCUGAGCCACUUCACCUGCCUCCGGCAUUUCCUGCUCAGUUACUCUUUCCCCCGGGGCCUCUGUGGAGGCGGAACUACUGUGUCAGGGGUCACGGUGUUCAGGGAAAAGUCGUGGUAGGAUUGACAAGUGGGAGGGUAGUAGGCGGGACUUCCGGCCCGCUGUUCCGUCAGCUGCCUUACCCGGGCGUCUCCCUGCAACCUCUUCAACUUCCGUAGUCUGUGACUGCGCCCAAAAGAAAUCCUACGGGCCAGGGGCCAGGGGAAGGAGAGCUCUGAAGUGAGAAAAAAAAUCUUUUUCACUUUCUAUGGCCAGUUGAAAGAAGAUGGAUGCACAGAGUUCAGCCAAAGUCAACACAAGGAAGAGGAGGAAAGAGGCACCUGGACCUAAUGGGGCAACAGAGGAAGAUGGAAUUCAUUCCAAAAUGCCACGCUGUGCAGUUGGCUUACAGCAGCCAGCUCCUUUUUCUGAUGAAAUUGAAGUGGACUUUAGUAAGCCCUAUGUCAGGGUAACUAUGGAAGAAGCCAGCAGAGGAACUCCUUACGAACGGCCUGUGAGAGUUUAUGCAGAUGGCAUAUUUGACUUAUUUCACUGUGGACAUGCCCGGGCUCUGAUGCAAGCAAAGAACCUUUUCCCUAAUACAUACCUCAUUGUGGGAGUUUGCAGUGAUGAGCUGACGCACAACUUCAAAGGCUUCACGGUGAUGAAUGAAAACGAGCGCUAUGAUGCAGUACAGCACUGCCGCUAUGUGGACGAAGUGGUGAGGAACGCCCCCUGGACCCUGACACCGGAGUUUCUGGCUGAGCACCGGAUUGAUUUUGUAGCCCAUGAUGACAUCCCUUAUUCAUCUGCCGGGAGUGAUGAUGUUUAUAAGCACAUCAAGGAAGCAGGCAUGUUUGCUCCGACACAGAGGACGGAAGGUAUCUCCACAUCAGACAUCAUCACCCGAAUUGUCCGGGACUAUGAUGUGUAUGCCAGACGGAACCUACAGAGGGGCUACACAGCAAAGGAGCUUAAUGUCAGCUUUAUCAACGAGAAGAAAUACCACUUGCAGGAGCGGGUUGACAAAGUAAAGAAGAAAGUGAAAGAUGUGGAGGAAAAGUCAAAGGAAUUCGUGCAGAAGGUAGAGGAAAAAAGCAUUGACCUCAUCCAGAAAUGGGAAGAGAAAUCCCGAGAAUUCAUUGGAAGUUUCCUGGAGAUGUUUGGUCCAGAAGGAGCACUGAAACAUAUGCUGAAAGAGGGGAAAGGCCGGAUGCUGCAGGCCAUCAGUCCAAAGCAGAGUCCCAGCAGCAGCCCCACUCGGGAACGCUCCCCAUCCCCAUCUUUCCGAUGGCCUUUCUCUGGCAAGACAUCCCCGCCUUCCUCCCCAGCAAACCUCAAUAGGCGCAAGGCUGCAGCCUAUGACAUCAGUGAGGAUGAAGACGACUAAUUUUUCAUCCCUCUUUUCCUCUCCCCGCUCUCUGUCCUGUUACCUUCAAGAAGCUGUCUGUUGAAUUCUAAAUUGUGAUGCCAACACUAAGCCUAAGGACAGCUACCAAGGAAAGACAGUUGGGGGCAAGAGGACCUAGGAUGGGACCAGACAGCCCGUCCUCCAGGAGGCAUCACCCAGCCCCUCCUAGGAGGACGCUGACUACACCUUAGAGGCCUGUUCUGCAUCCAUUUACCCUCCCCACAGACUUUGCUUUACUGUUUAUGUUCAUGUGCUCUUUACAUGGAAAUUGUCAUUUUUAUUAAUUUUCUAAAAGUUAGUCUUUCAAUUGUAAUAAGUAGAACUAAUUUUUUUGCCCCUGAGGAGUGGGCAGAAGGAAAUAUAUAAUACCCAGAGAACUUUUCUUCCUGAUACACUAUGAUGUUUGCCCUCUGUCCUGAGGCAAACUAGCUUGCCAAGUCCUUCAAGCAGUGACCCAUGCUGAUGGGUGAUUUGGGGGGAAAUGUCAUAAUUUUGGCUUCCUUAAAAAAUGCUAAAAGCUGGGUAACAGUUGCAAAUAUCUAAAUGUACUGCUGGCACAUGUGUCCAUGUGAGAAGAAGGAGAUCUGAGCCUAACUCUUCUUACUCCCUGAGGAGCUUCUUGUUGGACCCAGUGGGGCCCAUGAAGACACUGAUGGGGAUGGAAGCAGACCACAUGGCAUUAGCUGCGGUUUUGCUGCUGUGUUCAUCUCAGAAAACUCUGUUGCCCAGUUAUUUGGGAGCUCUUGUUGGUCUCUUUCCUGUAAUCUACCCUAAAAAGAAGGAUCAUUUUCAGGUUUACUGUGAUUAAGGAGGGGAGCGGGACAAUGUUCAAUCCUAUACAUAGUCAAUUUAGGUGUAUUUUCCCUCUGAGAAUAAGUCCCUGGCCUGCUACUCCUAUUUCAGUGCUUAUUGCGUAGCUUUUUACACAGGAUAUUUUGUAAACAUCUACAGUUUGACCAUGAUAUUAAUCCAUGUUGCUCAUAGCUAUACUGAAUAUUUAGAGAGAAUUGCAUAGAACCUAGGUGCAAAAGCAUAAGGAAACACCCCCCCUUUCUAAGCCUUAUCUUGACCUCUGCCCUUUUUAAGAAUGUUCUUAACUAGAACCACUGCUCCACAUAGCGUUUCUUUUCCUCUGAGAGUUGCAGGGACUUCCCUCCCCCAGGCCAGAGCACAGGCUCAUGGAGCCCGAGUGGGGCAGGUUUUCUUCCUCCCCAGUGUGCCUGGUAGCUGUGGUCCCACCUCCCCAGUUAGGUUGCUGGGGGUGGCGGGGGAGAUUCACCACUUCUUUCACAUCAGAGAUGCUGAACCUUAGCACUUGCUGUUGAACUGAGCUCAUUGACACCUCCAGCUCCAACAGCUCCAUGAUCCAGCAGAUCAGCCCUCAGCAGUAAUCCUGUAGUUGGGUUCAGGGGAAAUUGCUUAUAUGCAGGCCCCUUGCAGCCCCCCUGUCACUCAUAAAUACCCCUUGUGGGGGUGGACUUUUAGUGUUUUCAGCUAAGAAAACCAUAUUUUUAUCUUUUCUUGCCCCUCUGCUAGGGCUGUGAGUAUCUCAUAGUCCCCACCUGAAACACUGUCUGUAAAACCUGCUCUCCUGCCUGAGGGGCAGAGGCUGGAAUCACUGCCUGCCUGCACACAGGAUUGCCUAGGUUCUUAAAACUCACAUCACCCAGAGAGGCAGAGCAUGGCAGAGUAGGGACACAAAGAGGGCAAAACCUCUUUUUGUCCUGAUGUCCUUUGAAAACUACAUUCUUCUCAUGAAGUGCUAUUUUUACUGUCAAAUCUGGUUUACAAAAGCUUUGGCUUGGAAUCCUUUUUUGAAACAGUUAAUGUUUUCCUACAUUACUGAGCUUCCUGUGAUCAUAUACGUCAACUUUUCUGCUUUGUCUUCCCUCUUGGGGAAUUCUGCCUAGUUCUUUCAUUCUCCCUGGUACAGAAAGACAAUGAAGUCACCACUGAAGCCCACCUACUUGUUCCCACAUGUUACCGAAGUGCAUUUGGAAAAGGAGAAGCCCAGAAUGUGGUCUGCCUCCUUGCAGUCACGCCUCUCAAGUAUGUUGUCUGGGUCCCAAACACUUGGGCGCUCCUCGGCUCUGUCCAUGCCCUUGGCAUGUGACCUCCAGGCUGACGAGCUCUGUGAGGCUGCUCGGGCCAGUGUGCACACGUGUUCUUGAUAAGCUCUCGCCCCUUUUGGCCUGUCUCCUAACACUGGUGUAUCUUCAGAGAAUUGAGUGAAAUCACAAACUCCAUGGUGUGGUGUAUUAGGUACUUUGGAAUACUUUGAUACUUCAGUUAGAUACUAAAUGAUGUCAGAUACUUUGGGAUAAAUAUGAUCCUAGAUGCUGAAAAAGGAUGGGUGGAUGGAGGGAGCUAUUGGGGUGACUCAGUUUGGUCAUUUGUGCUCCUUAAAUGAGGCUAAAGGUUUGCAUACCACAACCAAGCUUUGCUCUGUAAAUCUAAUAUUAAUGUUAAUGUUCCUUAGGUGUUUCCCUCAACCCCAUACACGAAGCAGUCAGCCUUAAUAGGCCAAAUGUGCAGAGAUGAGAGGAGAGCCUUAAGAGCUGAUUGGCCUCAGGGCCUCGGAUAAUGGAGACAGAUGCCCCGUGGCUGGCGCUGAGGGGGUGCUGACCCAGCAGGUGCCCUGCUGCGGGCUGGGCAGGUUUGCUCUUUUUUUACAUUACAUUCAGCAGCGUAAUAGUGAUGAAUAAAGGUCAGAACUUCAGAGGAAUAGAAAUGGAGUAUUUGCCCUGCUGCAGCUACUUCCGAUCAGCAGAGACCAUUAUUUUGCUGAGGUUUGGGUGAGAAGGUUGGGGAUGUGAAGAGGUUGAAAACCCUGAAUAGGAGAUUUUUCUGAUCUGUGGUGGCUCUGAGGCAGCCCCUGUGUCACAGCUGUCUUUUCUCUCUGUGUGCACACAGCUGGCCCACAGCCCCUGGGUGUUCCUCUGCUGUGGCUCUCCCCAGCACUUCCAUGACGUUGCCCUUUCUGGGUUUUCUUGAUUCGAGGGUAGCUUUUGCUUUUCUGGAGCUCAUUGCCUUUUUAGCCCUGUUCCAGAUCCCGUAUUUACAGUCGCCCCAAAUAAAUUCUAUUUUGCUGCUUUUCUUUCAUUCCCUAAAAGCCAUAACUUCCCUGUAUUCUGUCAGCACACUCUGUCAUCAGAAGUUGAACCAGUACAGGUAGGAAAAAGAAAAAAAAGCCCUUAACAAUGCUUUUGAUUAAUGGUAUUUUUUUUAAGCUUACCAAUAUAAGUAUUUUUAAAUGUUAUGUUUUUCAAAGUCACAUAAUGAUUGUUCUUGUUUCCUGUCACAGAAUAGAUUGUCAUGGGAUAGAAAGUGGUCCCUACCUUCUAUUUUUCCAAAUAAGUAAAACAUUUUCUUGGUAUUAUAAUAUUAAAUAUUCAUUUUCUUCAAAAGAAAAAAGGAACAUUUUCUGUCUGCCAAAGUUUUAUGUUAGUACUCAGAUUGGGAUAGAAAACAAAAGGGCUAGGUUUAAUAUUAGGGUGACUCAGGUAGUGUUCCUUUAGGUUUAAAGUGGUCUUUCCCACCUUUCUUAAGAAGGCACUGACUGUUUUGAACACAGAGACUUGAUUGGUUGGGUUGUUUUGUGCUGAAGAUCCUGAGAAGAAACAGUGUUGGAAAGGAAUGCGAGUGGUGGCAUGCACAGGAGCCCCACGCCAGGGCCCGUGCCCACAAUCGCUGUUCAGUACAUCAUUUUCCUGAAUGAGUUUUAUUAAUUUGUUCAGAGUUAUAUUGGCUUUUGUCCUUUAGCCAAAUAAAGGCAAAGUGGUUUUA